AUGGUAUCCGUCGCUAGGAGAAAGAAGGUGAAUGGAACAUCGGAAAACCCUAUUGAAAUCAACGACACCAGAUUUGCAGGGCGCCGUAUGUACAAUCGCAGCCGUCUUCUAGCUGGAGGUGCAACCGUCGAAGGGGGCGAUGGCGAUCAAGUGCAAAAUUAUCGAAACCACGGCUCGCGUACGGAUUUAAGGUACUUCUACAUACGCGAGCGAACUGCAGCGACGUCAAUCCGUAUCAAUAAACGCGAAGAAGAAGAAGAAGAAGAAGAAGAAGAAGAAGAUGAUGAUGAUGAUGAUGAUGAUGAUGAUGAUGAUGAUGAUGAUGAUGAUGAAGAACAAGAACAAGAAGAAACGGGUUAG